AGGAAAUGUUACAAGGAAUAGAAGGUUCCAAGUCAACUUUAAAACUAAAAAUGGGAAGCCAAUCUGUGCACACAGAAGAGAAAUUUCGUAGAGGAAGACAAAGAUCUUCGCAACGCCAUGUCGGGUGGCAUCGCACGUAGCCGUCUUACAGAGGAACGAAAAGCCUGGCGCAAAAAUCACCCCCACGGUUUUGUGGCUAAGCCUGAGACUGCGCUAGAUGGGUCCGUGAAUAUGAUGCUUUGGCACUGUAUUAUUCCCGGCAAAAAAGGGACUGAUUGGGACGGUGGCUACUUUCCUCUUACUCUCCACUUCAGUGAGGACUACCCUAGCAAACCCCCUAACUGCAAGUUUCCACAAGGCUUCCUCCAUCCUAAUGUUUGUCCUUCUGGAACUGUAUGUCUGUCUAUCCUCAACGAGGACAACGGGUGGAAACCAGCCAUUACUAUAAAGCAAAUUUUGGUGGGCAUUCAAGAUUUGCUUGAUCAACCCAAUGCAAGCGAUCCUGCACAAACUGAGUGGUAUCAGCUCUAUGUCUCGAACUUAGAUGAGUAUCGGAAAAGGGUUCAACAGCAAGCCAAGCAAUAUCCACCCUGUCUCUAGCUAUGUGCUCGAUCAGCAGACGUGAUGAGACUAUUAUGGCAUUUAGCUAUACAUUUAGCUUCAUUUAUGUUAAGCAUCUUGGCAAGAUGUGCAAUUCUAGUCGAGCACCUGUGACUUUGUCCACAUUAUAAAUUAGUGACAGAAAAAAAAAACCAUUUAAGAUUUAUAAGCUAAUAGAUUUUGGAGACUAAAUGUUGUCUCUCUUUACCUCUGGUUGAAGUGUGCUGAUAUUGUUGGGGAUUCGUUGGCUGUUGGUAAUAGACUGAGAAAAUCAGAGCUUUUA